CGGCGGGCAGAGCCGGGGGGGCCCCGGCGGCCUCUGCCCGCGGGGCAGGCUGCCGCCUCUGCUAACAUGUCCCCCCAUCUGACAGCAGCCGAGCGAAGGUGGCCCCCGGACGCCGCUUGUGCCACGCAAGAGCCCUGAGGGAGGAGGAAGAGGAGGAGGAGGAGGAAGUAAAGGAGGAAAAAAAAAUACAAGGAAGGGCUUGGACUGGAGCCAGGGACGGGGGAAAAGGAGGAUCUGGCUGUCUGCUCGCCGCUGUGCCGGAGGGGGCCUGGGCAGCCCAGGACGCCGGGUGCCCCGCCAGAACACCGGCCCAGCGCCACGAGCGGCAGCCCGUCCUCGCCAGCACCUGGCGUCGGAGAGGAGGAACGGGGUGAAACGCUGGAUUCGGGCUUCCCGGGACGUCCGAGGGGCUCUUCGUCCCCUCCCAGGGGACAUUGCCGCCACCGCGGGCAAAGGCAGCCCUCCGCAAGCAGCGUGCUGCCGCCGGCCGCCUGCCCCAUGGCCGCCCCGCGCCGCCCCACGGCCCGCGGCUGACGGACGCGCGCCCGGACCACCGAGCCCUCCUCCGGCGCCCGGGGCCCGGCUCCGCAUGCCGCAGCCGGACCGGCGUGGCGAGGCAGCGCCCGGCCGAGCCUUCCUCCUCCGGCGCUCCCGCCCUGCCCCGCCGCGCGUCGGAGCGGCCUCGGCCGCCGCGAGGGGAGGCGAGCGUGCGGCUGCGACUUCCUCGGCGGCAGCGGGGCGUUAAGAUGGUGAAAGCUCCCCGGGCGAGAGGGGCUCCGCGGACGCCAGGCCACCAGGCUAGGGGGGAGCAGGAUGGACAGAGGCGUUGCGGCGGGGAGCCGAGGCCGGUAGGGAAGGAUGAACUCCCGCACCUCCCAGGACAGGCAGCCCCGCGAAGACCCCGGCAGCGGCAGCAGCGGCAGCAACUGUAGCAGCGGCAGGAGCAACUGCGAGAGGGAGCGCAUCCGGAGCCGCAUGAAAAUGGUGAUCGGGCAACUGGAAGGCAUCUUGCAGGAGCUCAAGGAGGUGGCCAAGGAGCUCCGGGAGGUGGUGAGCCAGAUCGACCGGCUGACGUCGGAUUUCGAGUUCGACCUGGAGCCGGACGACUGGACCACGGCGACGGCGAGCAGCACCUCGAGCAGCGAGAAGGGCGGCGGCGGCAGCGGCGGCGGCGCGGAGCUGGGCCAGCUGGACCUGCUGGCCUCCGACAUCCUCUCCGACAGCUGGGAAUUCUGCUCCUUCCUGGAGGCCUCCACGCCGUCGGACCCCGGCGACGGCCCCGAGCCGCCGGCGCCGCCGGGCCGCCCGCUGCUGAACGGCGGCGCCCCGCUGGCCAACGGCCCCCGCGGCGGCACCCCGGACUCGUCCAGCGAGGAGGCCUUCGGCGGCGGCGGACCGGGCCCCCGCGGCCCGUCGGCCCGGCCGCCCGGCGCCCGCGAGCGCGUCCGCUUCAGCGACGAGGUGCUCUACCACGCGCUGUGCUGCGACGACGACCGCGGCGGCGGGGAGCAGCAGCGGCGGCGGCGGCGGCGGCCGGCGGCGGCGGCGGCGGCGGUGGCCGGGCUCCGCCGGCGGCCGCCCACCAGGAGCAGCGGCACGCAGACCGUCGCCGACAAAAGCACCCAGACGGCGCUGCCUUACGCGCCGGCCAAGGCGAAAAUCCCGAAUAAAAACUGACGGACGGAGCCCGGCGCGGGGUUGGGGGUGAGGGCGGGGGGGACGUUGGGCCGGGGGCCUGGGCAGGGGCAGAAUUAUAUAUAUAUAUAAAUAUAUAUAUAUAUUUAAAUAAAUCAAUAACUGAUAAUAAAAACAACGUGAAAAAGGUGGCAGCGAGGAAAAAAAAAAAAAAAAAAAAAAAACCAACUACCUAACCGUCUUUUUCGAGGCUCAGGGAAUUUUAAACUGUUUUGUGGACGGAGGACUCAGAUCUCAAUAAACCGUACCUACCAAAUGGCAGCCUAAUCGGAAUAGCGGAGCGGUGUUACGAGCGCACACGCGGGCCCCGAGAGAGGAGAGACCCCGCAGGGCCGAGCCGG